UACAAAAUAUACACAAAUUGCAACAUAGUGGGCUAGUAAUAUAAGGUAGAAUUAGCACUAAGUAGGGCUGCAAGCGUUGCACGAUGUUAGUCAGGUGGAGUGUAAGUGCAAGGUGUCGAAAGCGGUCAGAUAUACGCUAGUGGAUAUUAUGGUGCAGAGACGGACGAUGACAUCUUCGCCGAAUGCGUGUACCUGAGAGUGGUGUGGAUCUUAAUAGUUUGGAGCCCAGCAAACAGUGGGUGGAAGACGUGAAGUGAGUGAGAGCACCCAGUGAAGAACCACCACUAGCCACACACCCGGGCAGGACACAGCCAAUGCGUCCGGCCUGGUACCAUGGGCCAAACUAACAGCGGUUCAUACUUUCAGCACAGAGAACGGAAACGGGUGAAAGUUUUGUGCGUGUGUGUUGGAGAAGUUUUCACGUGAGAGGGAUCGCAUUAUUAUGUGCACACGAUCUGCAUAAUUGACAUUGUUUUGGGUUGCCGAUUUGCCACAAUAAAAAAAAAGGCCUACCACAAGGAACGAUAGUGUGUGACGUUCGGUGGAGUUUCCUGGUAGGUAACAACGUUCCGCUAGUUAGUACCAGUUGUGUGCCGCCUCGCCAAGGGGUGGACUAUAUAGGCCUCUAUAUGGGUGUGCUGAACGUGACCAGUUCCGGUGCCGCAAUCGUCGAGUGCCAGCAACAUCAGCAGCACCAGCAACAGAGCAAGAAAAACGACACAAUCUUCUCACCCAUCAAGAACAAGAUGAAGGUGUUGAAGAAGAUCAAGAAACGCAUGGGACUAGCAACGAGAAGUGCAUCGUCCUGUCCCGGUCCAAACAAUCUGCCCCCGCUACAGUUCCACACCGUGCACGGUGACAAUAUACGCAUCUCGCGCGAAGGUACCGUCGCGAAGCGGUACGAAUCGUUCUGCAAGGGCAUCACCUUCAGUGCGCGGCCGGUGCGCGUGAACGAGCGCGUAUGCGUGAAGUUUCUCGACAUCUCGAACAACUGGAGCGGCGUGAUCCGGUUCGGGUUUACCUGCAACGAUCCGUCGUCGCUGCGCGGCAACCUGCCCAAGUAUGCCUGCCCGGACCUGACGAACAAGCCCGGCUUUUGGGCGAAGGCGCUGAACGAACGGUACUGCUACCGGGGCAAUGUGCUGUUCUACUACGUGACGCCGUCCGGCGAUGUGCACUUCGGCAUCAACGGCGAGGAGAAGGGUGUGUUCAUCACGGAUGUGGACGCACGCGGUCCGCUGUGGGCCGUGAUCGAUGUGUACGGCAACUCGACCGCGAUCGAGUUUCUCGACUCGCGCAUCUACAUGUUCCAGGCCCAGCAGCAGCAGCAGCAGCAUCAACACCAACAGCAACACCAUGGUGCGCAUCCGCACGCGCAAAGCCAAACGCGUCGUCCGACGGAACCGGAGAUCGGUAUGCCGCAGAUGGAAUCGCUCAGCAUUAACCAGCACAACCAUCAGCUGAUGGAGGAGCGGCCGGUAACGUGCGGUGCGCUCAGUCCGUCGACCUCCGUCCGGUAUCACAGCACAGCGCCGGGUUUGCACCCGUUGCCGUUUCAUCCGGUUCGUGGCCGCAACAUAAAGUUUUCCGCCGACCGGUAUGUCGCUACGCGGGCGGAUACGGAGUUCUGCCAGGGGUACGUGUUCUCGCCCCGACCGGUCAAGAUCGGCGAACGGCUGAUCAUUCAGAUCCUCAAGACGGACUCGAUCUUUGUGGGGUCGCUUGCGCUCGGACUGACGUCGUGCGAUCCGGCCAGUCUGCAACUGAACGACCUGCCGGACGAUUCCGACAUGCUGCUGGAUCGGCCUGAAUAUUGGGUGGUGAGCAAGGACGUUGCGUCGACGCUGGUGCGCGGCGACGAGCUGUGCUUCAACAUCACCGUGAACGGGGAGGUACAGAUCAGCAAGAACGGUGGUGCCCCGUCGGUCAUCAUGCACAUCGAUCAGUCGCUUCAGCUGUGGGCCUUCCUCGAUGUGUACGGUUCCACGCAGAGUGUGCGGCUGUUCACGCUCCCACUUCCACCGGUGGCUUCGUCGUGCGCCACCAACAUCUACAUGGCCCGGUCACAUUCAUCGCUGGCCGCCGCCGCCGCCGCCACUAGUCAAUCGGUGCGCAGUCUGCACCAGGAGCAGCAGAUGAUGGCCGAAUCGGCCACCAUGGCGACCGGCAGCUGCCGGACGCUUGCCGGCGGUUCGUCCACUAGCGCACUGGUACAGCAGACAACGGCUACGAACGCCACCGCUUCCGUGCGCCCCGACAUGAUCCAGAUCAAUCCGGGCGGUACGGUGCUGGUCGUUAAUCUGCCACCGACCGAUGUUCUCACCCAGCAGCAGCAGCAACAACAGUCCCAGUCGCAAGCGCAGGCCACCAUUGUAACGCGCGGUAUGACCACCUCCGCCUCGACACUGUCCGUCCCGCUGUCGACCCUUUCGCUUUCGUCGCAUACCGGCUCGACGGGCACGGCCAGCGAGCUGAUGGCCACCACCAACAGCAACAACUACACUGCUAGCAAUUCCGCCUACCCUGAGUCACUGUCAAGCUACAACAACGCUGCCAACUACUCGACCGCAGCGCUGGCCGCGAACGGCAUCUACAGCUCCACGAACUGUGUCGAUUGCACGAUCUGUUUCGAGAAGCCGAUCGAUUCGGUGCUGUACAUGUGCGGCCAUAUGUGCAUGUGCUACGACUGUGCAAUUAAGCAGUGGCGUGGCAUCGGCGGUGGACACUGUCCGCUGUGCCGGGCCGUCAUCCGGGACGUUAUCCGCACGUACAAGUCGUAGACACUCAACAGGGCGGUGAACAAGGGGCUUAGCCAAAGAAAAUGUGGAUCGUGUGGAUCGACGGGACGGUCCUGGGUACAACACACCAAACAAAUGUGAUUAAGCAGGCAGUGCGUAACAGUUGUGAUUUUGUGGA